AUGAUUCUGCUCAAGAUGAAGGAGACUGCCGAGGCUUACCUGGGGGCCAAGUGUAACGAUGCUGUUGUGACUGUUCCAGCCUACUUCAAUGACUCCCAGCGCCAGGCCACCAAGGAUGCAGGGACGAUCUCCGGCAUGAACGUUCUUCGAAUUAUCAACGAGCCCACCGCGGCGGCGAUCGCGUACGGCCUGGACAAGAAGGGCAGCGGCGAGAAGAACAUCCUCAUCUACGACAUGGGCGGGGGCACCUUCGACGUCUCUCUGCUGACAAUCGAGGACGGCAUCUUCGAGGUGAAGGCCACCGCUGGGGACACACAUCUGGGGGGCGAGGACUUCGACAACCGCAUCGUGGACUUCUGCAUGCAAGACUUCAAGCGCAAGAAUAGAGGCAAGGACCUCGCGGGCAACCAGCGCGCCAUUCGUCGCCUGCGGACACAGUGCGAGCGCGCCAAGAGGACCCUUUCCUCUUCCACGCAGGCCACGAUCGAGAUUGACUCGCUCUUCGAUGGUAUCGACUUCUCCUGCUCGCUGUCGCGCGCCCGGUUUGAGGAGCUGAACAUGGACUAUUUCCGCAAUUCUAUGGGCCCCGUCGAGAAGUGCCUGCGCGACAGCGGCAUCGACAAGCGGAACGUGCACGAGGUCGUUUUGGUUGGUGGAUCUACGCGCAUUCCGAAGGUGCAGGCCAUGAUCCAGGAGUUCUUCAACGGCAAGGAGCCUAACAAGUCUAUCAACCCGGACGAGGCCGUGGCCUUUGGCGCCGCGGUGCAGGCGGCCAUCCUCACCGGCGAGGGGUCCUCGCAGGUCCAGGAUCUGCUGCUGCUCGACGUGACGCCCCUGUCGAUGGGCCUGGAGACUGCUGGCGGAGUGAUGACCAAGCUGAUCGAGCGGAACACCACGAUUCCUACCAAGAAGGGGCAGACCUUCACCACCUAUGCCGACAACCAGCCAGGAGUGCUGAUCCAGGUGUUCGAGGGGGAGCGCGCAAUGACCAAGGACAACAAUCUGUUGGGGAAGUUCCACCUCGACGGCAUCCCGCCUGCCCCGCGGGGCGUGCCGCAGAUCGAGGUGACGUUCGACAUCGACGCGAACGGCAUCCUCAACGUGUCCGCACAGGACAAGUCCACGGGUAAGUCCAACCAGAUCACCAUCACCAACGAGAAGGGGCGGCUGUCCCAGGCGGAGAUCGACCGGAUGGUGCAGGAGGCGGAGAAGUAUCGCGCCGAGGACGAGAGCAAUAAGGCAAAGAUCGAGGCGAAGAACGGCCUGGAGAACUACUGCUUCACCAUGCGGAACACCCUGCAGGAGGAGAAGCUCAAAGAGAAGUUCGAGGAUGGAGACAAGGAGAAGAUCGAGAAGGCGGUGCAGGAUGCCCUUGACUGGCUGGACAAGAACCAGCUGGCCGAGAAGGAUGAGUUUGAGGCCAAGCAGAAGGAGCUGGAGGGCAUCGUCAACCCCAUCAUGAUGAAGGUGUACCAGGCCGCCGGCGGUGGUGGAAUGCCGGAGGGCGGCAUGCCGGGCGGCGGGGCUGCCCCCGGCGGCGGCGCGGGGCCCACUGUGGAGGAGGUGCACCUCGUUGGCGAUAUUGUGUGCAGCUUCAGCCCGCAGCUUCUCGCUUUGCCUGAUCCAGUGGCUUACCUGGGGGCCAAGUGUAACGAUGCUGUUGUGACUGUUCCAGCCUACUUCAAUGACUCCCAGCGCCAGGCCACCAAGGAUGCAGGGACGAUCUCCGGCAUGAACGUUCUUCGAAUUAUCAACGAGCCCACCGCGGCGGCGAUCGCGUACGGCCUGGACAAGAAGGGCAGCGGCGAGAAGAACAUCCUCAUCUACGACAUGGGUGGGGGCACCUUCGACGUCUCUCUGCUGACAAUCGAGGACGGCAUCUUCGAGGUGAAGGCCACCGCUGGGGACACACAUCUGGGGGGCGAGGACUUCGACAACCGCAUCGUGGACUUCUGCAUGCAAGACUUCAAGCGCAAGAAUAGAGGCAAGGACCUCGCGGGCAACCAGCGCGCCAUUCGUCGCCUGCGGACACAGUGCGAGCGCGCCAAGAGGACCCUUUCCUCUUCCACGCAGGCCACGAUCGAGAUUGACUCGCUCUUCGAUGGUAUCGACUUCUCCUGCUCGCUGUCGCGCGCCCGGUUUGAGGAGCUGAACAUGGACUAUUUCCGCAAUUCUAUGGGCCCCGUCGAGAAGUGCCUGCGCGACAGCGGCAUCGACAAGCGGAACGUGCACGAGGUCGUUUUGGUUGGUGGAUCUACGCGCAUUCCGAAGGUGCAGGCCAUGAUCCAGGAGUUCUUCAACGGCAAGGAGCCUAACAAGUCUAUCAACCCGGACGAGGCCGUGGCCUUUGGCGCCGCGGUGCAGGCGGCCAUCCUCACCGGCGAGGGGUCCUCGCAGGUCCAGGAUCUGCUGCUGCUCGACGUGACGCCCCUGUCGAUGGGCCUGGAGACUGCUGGCGGAGUGAUGACCAAGCUGAUCGAGCGGAACACCACGAUUCCUACCAAGAAGGGGCAGACCUUCACCACCUAUGCCGACAACCAGCCGGGAGUGCUUAUCCAGGUGUUCGAGGGGGAGCGCGCAAUGACCAAGGACAACAAUCUGUUGGGGAAGUUCCACCUCGACGGCAUCCCGCCUGCCCCGCGGGGCGUGCCGCAGAUCGAGGUGACGUUCGACAUCGACGCGAACGGCAUCCUCAACGUGUCCGCACAGGACAAGUCCACGGGUAAGUCCAACCAGAUCACCAUCACCAACGAGAAGGGGCGCCUGUCCCAGGCGGAGAUCGACCGGAUGGUGCAGGAGGCGGAGAAGUAUCGCGCCGAGGACGAGAGCAAUAAGGCAAAGAUCGAGGCGAAGAACGGCCUGGAGAACUAUUGCUUCACCAUGCGGAACACCCUGCAGGAGGAGAAGCUCAAAGAGAAGUUCGAGGAUGGAGACAAGGAGAAGAUCGAGAAGGCGGUGCAGGAUGCCCUUGACUGGCUGGACAAGAACCAGCUGGCCGAGAAGGAUGAGUUUGAGGCCAAGCAGAAGGAGCUGGAGGGCAUCGUCAACCCCAUCAUGAUGAAGGUGUACCAGGCUGCCGGCGGUGGUGGAAUGCCGGUGCACCUCGUUGGCGAUAUCGUGUGCAGCUUCAGCCCGCAGCUUCUCGCUUUGCCUGAUCCAGUGGUGGUCGGUGUCCAGCGUGUGCUUGCAUUCCCAGACGCCUACUUCAAUGACUCCAGCGCCAGGCCACCAAGGAUGCAGGACGAUCUCCGGCAUGAACGUUCUUCGAAUUAUCAACGAGCCCACCGCGGCGCGAUCGCGUACGGCCUGGACAAGAAGGGCAGCGGCGAGAAGAACAUCCUCAUCUACGACAUGGGCGGGGGCACCUUCGACGUCUCUCUGCUGACAAUCGAGGACGGCAUCUUCGAGGUGAAGGCCACCGCUGGGGACACACAUCUGGGGGGCGAGGACUUCGACAACCGCAUCGUGGACUUCUGCAUGCAAGACUUCAAGCGCAAGAAUAGAGGCAAGGACCUCGCGGGCAACCAGCGCGCCAUUCGUCGCCUGCGGACACAGUGCGAGCGCGCCAAGAGGACCCUUUCCUCUUCCACGCAGGCCACGAUCGAGAUUGACUCGCUCUUCGAUGGUAUCGACUUCUCCUGCUCGCUGUCGCGCGCCCGGUUUGAGGAGCUGAACAUGGACUAUUUCCGCAAUUCUAUGGGCCCCGUCGAGAAGUGCCUGCGCGACAGCGGCAUCGACAAGCGGAACGUGCACGAGGUCGUUUUGGUUGGUGGAUCUACGCGCAUUCCGAAGGUGCAGGCCAUGAUCCAGGAGUUCUUCAACGGCAAGGAGCCUAACAAGUCUAUCAACCCGGACGAGGCCGUGGCCUUUGGCGCCGCGGUGCAGGCGGCCAUCCUCACCGGCGAGGGGUCCUCGCAGGUCCAGGAUCUGCUGCUGCUCGACGUGACGCCCCUGUCGAUGGGCCUGGAGACUGCUGGCGGAGUGAUGACCAAGCUGAUCGAGCGGAACACCACGAUUCCUACCAAGAAGGGGCAGACCUUCACCACCUAUGCCGACAACCAGCCGGGAGUGCUUAUCCAGGUGUUCGAGGGGGAGCGCGCAAUGACCAAGGACAACAAUCUGUUGGGGAAGUUCCACCUCGACGGCAUCCCGCCUGCCCCGCGGGGCGUGCCGCAGAUCGAGGUGACGUUCGACAUCGACGCGAACGGCAUCCUCAACGUGUCCGCACAGGACAAGUCCACGGGUAAGUCCAACCAGAUCACCAUCACCAACGAGAAGGGGCGCCUGUCCCAGGCGGAGAUCGACCGGAUGGUGCAGGAGGCGGAGAAGUAUCGCGCCGAGGACGAGAGCAAUAAGGCAAAGAUCGAGGCGAAGAACGGCCUCGAGAACUACUGCUUCACCAUGCGGAACACCCUGCAGGAGGAGAAGCUCAAAGAGAAGUUCGAGGAUGGAGACAAGGAGAAGAUCGAGAAGGCGGUGCAGGAUGCCCUUGACUGGCUGGACAAGAACCAGCUGGCCGAGAAGGAUGAGUUUGAGGCCAAGCAGAAGGAGCUGGAGGGCAUCGUCAACCCCAUCAUGAUGAAGGUGUACCAGGCCGCCGGCGGUGGUGGAAUGCCGGAGGGCGGCAUGCCGGGCGGCGGGGCUGCCCCCGGCGGCGGCGCGGGGCCCACUGUGGAGGAGGUGCACCUCGUUGGCGAUAUCGUGUGCAGCUUCAGCCCGCAGCUUCUCGCUUUGCCUGAUCCAGUGGCUUACCUGGGGGCCAAGUGUAACGAUGCUGUUGUGACUGUUCCAGCCUACUUCAAUGACUCCCAGCGCCAGGCCACCAAGGAUGCAGGGACGAUCUCCGGCAUGAACGUUCUUCGAAUUAUCAACGAGCCCACCGCGGCGGCGAUCGCGUACGGCCUGGACAAGAAGGGCAGCGGCGAGAAGAACAUCCUCAUCUACGACAUGGGCGGGGGCACCUUCGACGUCUCUCUGCUGACAAUCGAGGACGGCAUCUUCGAGGUGAAGGCCACCGCUGGGGACACACAUCUGGGGGGCGAGGACUUCGACAACCGCAUCGUGGACUUCUGCAUGCAAGACUUCAAGCGCAAGAAUAGAGGCAAGGACCUCGCGGGCAACCAGCGCGCCAUUCGUCGCCUGCGGACACAGUGCGAGCGCGCCAAGAGGACCCUUUCCUCUUCCACGCAGGCCACGAUCGAGAUUGACUCGCUCUUCGAUGGUAUCGACUUCUCCUGCUCGCUGUCGCGCGCCCGGUUUGAGGAGCUGAACAUGGACUAUUUCCGCAAUUCUAUGGGCCCCGUCGAGAAGUGCCUGCGCGACAGCGGCAUCGACAAGCGGAACGUGCACGAGGUCGUUUUGGUUGGUGGAUCUACGCGCAUUCCGAAGGUGCAGGCCAUGAUCCAGGAGUUCUUCAACGGCAAGGAGCCUAACAAGUCUAUCAACCCGGACGAGGCCGUGGCCUUUGGCGCCGCGGUGCAGGCGGCCAUCCUCACCGGCGAGGGGUCCUCGCAGGUCCAGGAUCUGCUGCUGCUCGACGUGACGCCCCUGUCGAUGGGCCUGGAGACUGCUGGCGGAGUGAUGACCAAGCUGAUCGAGCGGAACACCACGAUUCCUACCAAGAAGGGGCAGACCUUCACCACCUAUGCCGACAACCAGCCGGGAGUGCUUAUCCAGGUGUUCGAGGGGGAGCGCGCAAUGACCAAGGACAACAAUCUGUUGGGGAAGUUCCACCUCGACGGCAUCCCGCCUGCCCCGCGGGGCGUGCCGCAGAUCGAGGUGACGUUCGACAUCGACGCGAACGGCAUCCUCAACGUGUCCGCACAGGACAAGUCCACGGGUAAGUCCAACCAGAUCACCAUCACCAACGAGAAGGGGCGCCUGUCCCAGGCGGAGAUCGACCGGAUGGUGCAGGAGGCGGAGAAGUAUCGCGCCGAGGACGAGAGCAAUAAGGCAAAGAUCGAGGCGAAGAACGGCCUGGAGAACUACUGCUUCACCAUGCGGAACACCCUGCAGGAGGAGAAGCUCAAAGAGAAGUUCGAGGAUGGAGACAAGGAGAAGAUCGAGAAGGCGGUGCAGGAUGCCCUUGACUGGCUGGACAAGAACCAGCUGGCCGAGAAGGAUGAGUUUGAGGCCAAGCAGAAGGAGCUGGAGGGCAUCGUCAACCCCAUCAUGAUGAAGGUGUACCAGGCCGCCGGCGGUGGUGGAAUGCCGGAGGGCGGCAUGCCGGGCGGCGGGGCUGCCCCCGGCGGCGGCGCGGGGCCCACUGUGGAGGAGGUGCACCUCGUUGGCGAUAUCGUGUGCAGCUUCAGCCCGCAGCUUCUCGCUUUGCCUGAUCCAGUGGCUUACCUGGGGGCCAAGUGUAACGAUGCUGUUGUGACUGUUCCAGCCUACUUCAAUGACUCCCAGCGCCAGGCCACCAAGGAUGCAGGGACGAUCUCCGGCAUGAACGUUCUUCGAAUUAUCAACGAGCCCACCGCGGCGGCGAUCGCUUACGGCCUGGACAAGAAGGGCAGCGGCGAGAAGAACAUCCUCAUCUACGACAUGGGCGGGGGCACCUUCGACGUCUCUCUGCUGACAAUCGAGGACGGCAUCUUCGAGGUGAAGGCCACCGCUGGGGACACACAUCUGGGGGGCGAGGACUUCGACAACCGCAUCGUGGACUUCUGCAUGCAAGACUUCAAGCGCAAGAAUAGAGGCAAGGACCUCGCGGGCAACCAGCGCGCCAUUCGUCGCCUGCGGACACAGUGCGAGCGCGCCAAGAGGACCCUUUCCUCUUCCACGCAGGCCACGAUCGAGAUUGACUCGCUCUUCGAUGGUAUCGACUUCUCCUGCUCGCUGUCGCGCGCCCGGUUUGAGGAGCUGAACAUGGACUAUUUCCGCAAUUCUAUGGGCCCCGUCGAGAAGUGCCUGCGCGACAGCGGCAUCGACAAGCGGAACGUGCACGAGGUCGUUUUGGUUGGUGGAUCUACGCGCAUUCCGAAGGUGCAGGCCAUGAUCCAGGAGUUCUUCAACGGCAAGGAGCCUAACAAGUCUAUCAACCCGGACGAGGCCGUGGCCUUUGGCGCCGCGGUGCAGGCGGCCAUCCUCACCGGCGAGGGGUCCUCGCAGGUCCAGGAUCUGCUGCUGCUCGACGUGACGCCCCUGUCGAUGGGCCUGGAGACUGCUGGCGGAGUGAUGACCAAGCUGAUCGAGCGGAACACCACGAUUCCUACCAAGAAGGGGCAGACCUUCACCACCUAUGCGAACGGCAUCCUCAACGUGUCCGCACAGGACAAGUCCACGGGUAAGUCCAACCAGAUCACCAUCACCAACGAGAAGGGGCGGUCCCAGGCGGAGAUCGACCGGAUGGUGCAGGAGGCGGAGAAGUAUCGCGCCGAGGACGAGAGCAAUAAGGCAAAGAUCGAGGCGAAGAACGGCCUGGAGAACUACUGCUUCACCAUGCGGAACACCCUGCAGGAGGAGAAGCUCAAAGAGAAGUUCGAGGAUGGAGACAAGGAGAAGAUCGAGAAGGCGGUGCAGGAUGCCCUUGACUGGCUGGACAAGAACCAGCUGGCCGAGAAGGAUGAGUUUGAGGCCAAGCAGAAGGAGCUGGAGGGCAUCGUCAACCCCAUCAUGAUGAAGGUGUACCAGGCCGCCGGCGGUGGUGGAAUGCCGGAGGGCGGCAUGCCGGGCGGCGGGGCUGCCCCCGGCGGCGGCGCGGGGCCCACUGUGGAGGAGGUGGACUAAGCCCGGGGCGUUGACCGCCGCCGAAGCUUGUAAUUCGGAAUGCCCACACGGUUCUCCGAGCAGCCUGGCAGGCUGGGGUGCGCCAUGCACCUUCUUGGCCCUGCCCGGUGAGUUCGGCUGAAGAGACGAGCUGCUUUUACCUUGCCUCGGUCACAGAUGUUGGCCGGUCCCCAGCUGCCAGUCGGCCUCCCGACUGGCCAUCGGGGUUUUGCGCGUGCGCGCGGAGCCGCAGGCCACAGACUCAUAGACUGCGCUGCAGCAGGAGUGCUGCCAAGGCGAGCAAAACAUC